CAUAAAAGAACAAACCAUGUCAUCAGUAGCAUAUUUCUCCUUUACAUGGACAGAUUCCCGCCUGAGUUGGGAUACCAAUCCAGUAUAUAGCAGCGACAUCAGCGCCAUCUACAGCACAGAGAGCAAAAUCUUCACACCACCAAUAGUGGUCGAAAAUUCAGUCAGUAAUUUAGGAUUGAUUAGUGAUCUGACUUUACCAAUAAAGAUCCAUCAGACUGGAAAAAUUACGUGGUCUCCUGGUGACAUUUAUGAAACGUCAUGUGACAUUGACACUUCGUUUUACCCAUUUGACGAGCAGACUUGUGUUAUAACCUUAACAACUCGAGGUUAUUCCAAGUAUCAAUUAAGUCUUACUUUGGACAUGGUCCCCAUCGUGUUAACUGCUUACCAAGAAAACGGAGAGUGGACUUUGGUAUCAGUAGACUCGACAACAUCCAAAACAUUUCGUGACCUGGUCCCUUACUCACAGAUCAACUUCAGUUUUACUUUUAAGCGUCGUAAUGCCUUUCAUCUAAUGAACACGAUCAUUCCUAUGUUUUUACUGGUUGGUAUGACAUGUUUUGUAUUCAAGAUCCCAGUGGACGCCGGAGAGAAGUUGGGUUACUCUCUAACUGUUUUGUUGGCUUUUGCUGUGUAUUUAACGAUGGUGGCUGAUAAUAUUCCAACAACAUCUACAAACAUCUCAUACCUUGCUGCGUACUUGAACGUGAUGCUCGCCCUUGGUGUCUCGGCUGUACUCUUUGCGAUUUACGUCAUAAACAUCCAUUUAAAACCAGAAGAAGAAGCCAUUCCCGGGUAUCUUCGAUCCAUUGCAAAACUUUCGUCAAAAGUCUGUUGCUUGAAAGAAAUUGGUUGCUGCUGUAAGAAAGACAAAACAAAGGUCACUGUCAUUGCUGAUACAGAAAACGAAAAUAUGAGCAAAGUGAGCAAGGGAUACGAGGAAAACGAACAAUCAUUCACAUGGCAGGAAAUAGCAAAGAUAAUGGAUAUGCUUCUAUUUCGUAUUUAUUUAUUUCUGUUUAUAUUUAUGACCCUUGCUUUCGUAAUUAUCAUGACCAUCGGAUCUUUGAUAUGA